AAGAGAAUUAAAAGACCUUGCAAAAAGUUAUUCAUAAUAAAAUUUUAAACAGUCAUGCUUAUUUUCUUUGUGGGCUUUUGCCACCGCUUUUGAAAAAUAAUAUCCUGGAAACACCUCUGCUUUUUUAUUUCUCUCGCUCUCUCGUCUCACCUGUAGGGAGUCUGGUUUCAGAGGAAGCUCCCCCAAUGGGAGGGUCCGCGGAGAGCGCGUUGUCGUCAAACUGUCCAUUCACGAGCUUAAAUGAGAGGUCUGUUGCUGUGGCAGCGCUCGCGCGAACAGCCCGCCAGGCUGUGGGAAUAUAACCUCCGUGGUCGCAGAUAACUGUCCUGACUGCGUGUGUGACACCCCGCGAUGGAGGAGGACAACAGCGUCAUGCGAGACUUGAAAGACAUAGAGACGAAGUUGGGCCGAAAAGUUCCGGACAGUCUCUUUCGCUCUCUCGCCGGAGGGAAACACGACAAGUCCGCAGCGCCGCAUUCAGGGAACUGCAAAUGUUGCGCUAACUCUGCGGACAUAAAAAGACUGGAAAGCAAAAUGAUGUUUCUCAAACAGGAGAUGGCAAAUCUGCGAGCCAUUGACGUAAAGCUCAUGCAGCAGCUUAUGUCCAUCAACGAGGGCAUCGAGUCCAUCCGCUGGAUGAUAGAUGACAAAGGCAGCGUCGCCAGCCAUGACGGCAGCCUGACCGGCAGCUUAUACAGCCUGUCGGACAGCCAGGACGGCGCCUCGCUGCGAGGAAGCUUCAAUAGUUUGAACGAUGGCAACAGCGACGGCCUGGAUGGUCUGUCUGUGGGUAGUUACCUGGACACACUAGCAGAGGACCUCCCGGAUGAACCCUCGCCUACGGACCUUGAUUGUUUUGUGGAUAAAACGGUGAUCGACGGCGACGCCUUUGCCAAAUCGCCUUUGAAACUCAGGGUGGAGUCGGAUGAAUACUACUGCUUUGGAUAAUAAUGAUAAGCUAAAUGUGGCAAUUACAGAGGGACUACUGUAAUUUGUGAAGAAUGGUUUUCAAAAGUAUUCUUCACUUUUAAAACAAAAUGCUAUUUUUUUUCCUCAAAUUGUAGCGAGAUGUUAGCAAGUCUUACCUGAUGACUAAUGUUACGUUUUACUUUCCUGACUCUGUCGAAACGACGCGCCUCUUCAAAGCGUUCACGCUUAACAUUCAUGUCUUAACACUUUAAACGCAGGUUAAUUGAAAGGGUGUUUUAUCAUGAUUCAAAGUUCUAGUUGUUUUCAGCUAUCCAAUACCUCACUGGGUGUAUCUGUCACACUUUUUAGCCUAAAGGUAUUUUCAAAGGUGGGUGUGGAAAAAGUAGAAACAUCAACUGAACAGCCGAUUUUCCUCACUAUCUGUGGAAAACCCGACUCUGAGUUUGCGUCAGGUCAACCACAAUCAGCUGAUCCAGACUAGAUUGGGAUUUAGCAGCCAUUUGGAAAAUUGGACAUUUCAUGCUGAGCGAUUCUCGAGGUAAAACAGUUUCAAGUGAUUAGUCUAAGUGUCACAGCAAGUGCACUUUGCUUCCAUGCCAAAUCCUGAGCUCCACUGCUGUAUGUGUGAAACUUUUAGUUCUGCUUUUUAUUGUUUUUGUUUUGUUUACUGACAGGAGUUCCCAAGUCAAACUCUGCUCAGCGGUAGUAGUUAAAGCAUGUAGCCUAAAACACAAGAGAUUCGUUGCACACUUAAAGCUCAGAUUCUUGACUGAAAACCAAAGCAGUUUGAUUGUCUCAUAGAUAAUUUAGGGCCUGCUUUAACAGCAGAUGGGAGGUUUAUAAAUGGUGGGACACGUGUUUUGCUCUGUGGGCAGAUUUUAAAUUCACUGUUGUUAAAGAACGGUUUAACGAGAGCGAUACACCGCUGUACAUACAUGUGUUAUUUUUAGCUUUAAAGCUCCUGUGUUGACGUAUCUGACGUUUGUAUUCGCCUGCUUUUUAAAGCAAAAACUGUUUUUUGUUGUUGUUUUGUUUUUAUUUGAUUGCUGAUGAUCUGUUGUGGAAAAUGAAAUAAUAUAUUGUGAUUUUUCUUGCUCAUUGUGCUAAGUUGUUUUGUUUUUUCUUUAAGCAAAGAACCUUCUAAGCACGAUGCAUUCUGAACCUUUAGGUCCCGUUUUUAGAAACAAACCUCAUUUUGGGAUCCAAAUGAGAUGGAACGUGAACCUCACAGUGCUCGCCUUUUUUAGCUGAUUGAAGUUGAGAAUAAUCUCUUAAUAAUGAGGUCAGACUCCGCGGUGCCCCGUGUAAUGUGCCGUGGAAAAUUACCCUUGUUAAUUCACAUUGUUAAAAACUCUAAAUUGGGCAAAUAGCUGUUUAUUUGUAACCUUUAAAAUAUCCAAGCUGUUAACAAAGGAGGAGUGUUUGGAGUCAUUUUCUUUGGCUGGCAUAAACUAGCGCUAUUAAAGAUGACAAAUCAUGCU